GCCAGGCAUUCACCAGGGAAGGUCCAGGCACCUGGACCUCAUCUUCUGGUGCUAUCGAUGACUGAAUUGAUGGUAGUUUUCUCAGAGAGCACUUUGUAAACCUGGCAUUAAGCAAGUGUCUGUUGUGGUCCAUUUUCUAAUUGGACAGGGUGUGCUGAAUCGCAAAUGGUUAUAUAAAUUAAGAAAAACUGCCCUAAAACUGGAAUUUAAUAACCCCCCUAAAUUAUUCCCACACAAGGAAACUCACGGUGUGUAUUUAAGCUCUUUCCUGCUUUCCCCCAUGGAAAUAAAACCCAGCCAGUUUUCAUUAGGAAUUAAGAGCCUAAAGAAAUGUUAAUUCUGUAUCCUGUUGUCCUUUGUGAUGCUGGUGUUUUAACUCUGUUCCAAAACUGUGUAUCUGCAGCUCUGUUGAUCUGGCAAUCUGUAUCAUAGAUUUUACACAACAUAACGAAGCCUGUCUGUGGCACAAGUGUUUCAUAAAGAACUUGGAGCCUGUAUAAAGGGGCUGUAAUUUAGAGAUAGCUGUUAACAAAUCUCCUUCAAAGAAACAUUAUCUGGAAACAAUGGUGACUGUUUCUUUACUUCCUUUAGGUCAAAACAUUACAAACAAGUACAUGCAUGCAGCCAGGCUUUGACUUCCAUCUGCAAACAGGUCUCUCACUUCAAACACCAUGCCUGUUAAUUUGCCUGUGCAGAGUUCCAUUAAGGAACUCUGCUCUAUUUGGUGAUAUUUGCUCUGUUAUGACUUUUCCUUCAAGUUUAUAUAAAUAAUUUGAGGAAGAAUACAAAGGGAAUAGCAUUCCCUCUGCGCUUAUCUGUUUCCUUGCACUACAUGUAGCCACUCGAGCCACAAAAUGCAUUUUCUCCCCCUCCUCCCUGUUUUUAAAUGUCAUCCAUCUGGCAGCAUUCCCACUACAACACAGCAUCUGUCUUCUCAACACAUUUUUAAAGAUGGUGUUUGUGCCUUCAAUGUGAUGGAUUUAAAUAUGGAAGAGGAGUUCUAAAAGUGCUGGGAAUAGGCUGGGAAUAAAAGUGUGGGAAGACAAGCCACAAGGGGACUCUGCUGCUGUCUGUGUGCAAGUGAUUGGAACAAAUCCUGGUGAAAAUGGAAAAAAAGGCAACGGGGAAAGAGACUGAGCCACUGACUUGCAAGAAAGAUGCCUCAGACUGUAACAAAGGAGAAGACUGUAAAGAGAAUGGACUUCUGGUCAGGAACCCUAAAUCUGCCCUGCGGCUGGUGGAGGAUGGCAACAAAGUCCAUCCCAGCCAGGGCGACAAAGGGCAGGCAGCUCAGAUCUCAAAUGGUUAUUCAGGGGGGCAGAGCUCCGCUCCCUGCAACGGCAUGGGAGAGGCAGAGGAUGCCCAGUGCACUGCCCCAGCAGCCACCACCACCACUACAACCACCACUUCCACCACCUGCGGAGCAGAAGGCCAGCAGCAGCUGAUGGAGUUGGAAGACAGAGAGACCUGGAGUAAAAAAAUUGACUUUCUGCUCUCUGUCAUUGGCUAUGCAGUGGAUCUGGGGAAUGUGUGGAGAUUUCCGUAUAUAUGCUAUCAGAACGGAGGAGGGGCAUUCCUCAUUCCUUACACAAUUAUGGCCAUCUUUGGAGGGAUUCCUCUCUUCUAUAUGGAACUAGCACUAGGACAGUACCACAGGAAUGGGUGUAUUUCAAUUUGGAGAAAAAUAUGUCCUAUAUUCAAAGGAAUUGGCUUUGCCAUCUGUAUAAUAGACCUUUACGUAGCCUCCUAUUACAACACCAUUAUGGCUUGGGCCUUUUACUACCUCAUCUCCUCCUUCACGACGGAGCUGCCAUGGACUAGCUGCACAAAUGCCUGGAACACAGGCAACUGCACAAACUACUUCAGCAAGGAUAAUGUCAGCUGGUCCCCACACUCCAUCUCUCCUGCAGAAGAAUUUUAUACACGCCGAGUUCUACAGGUGCACAGGUCUGAUGGGCUGGAUGACCUGGGAGGCAUUAGCUGGCAAUUGAGCCUCUGUUUAUUGCUAAUCUUCACCAUUGUAUACUUCAGCAUCUGGAAAGGGGUCAAAACAUCUGGCAAGGUGGUGUGGGUAACUGCCACAUUCCCUUACAUCAUACUCUUUAUCCUGCUUGUGAGAGGUGCAACAUUGCCCGGGGCUUGGAGAGGAGUCCUCUACUACUUGAAACCUGACUGGCAGAAACUCCUGGCCACUGAGGUUUGGGUGGAUGCAGCAGCUCAGAUUUUUUUCUCCCUUGGUCCAGGUUUUGGGGUCCUAUUGGCUUACGCCAGCUACAACAAGUUCCAUAACAACUGCUACCAAGAUGCUCUGGUUACCAGCACUGUGAACUGUGUGACUAGUUUUGUGUCUGGAUUUGUCAUUUUCACCGUGCUGGGAUACAUGGCCGAGAUGAGGAAUGAAGAUGUAUCAGAGGUUGCCAAAGAUACUGGACCCAGCCUCCUCUUCAUCACGUACGCUGAGGCCAUUGCAAAUAUGCCUGCUUCCACCUUCUUUGCCAUCAUCUUCUUCCUGAUGUUGCUCACACUGGGAUUAGACAGCACGUUUGCAGGACUAGAGGGAGUGAUUACUGGAGUCCUGGAUGAAUUCCCGCAUGUCUGGAGCAAGCGCAGGGAACUGUUUGUCCUUGGUCUGAUCAUCAUUUGCUUCCUGGGGUCAUUAGCAACCCUGACAUUUGGAGGUGCAUACGUGGUAAAGCUGUUUGAGGAAUACGCCACGGGGCCGGCUGUCCUAACCGUCGUGUUUCUGGAAGCGGUCGCUGUGUCCUGGUUCUAUGGCAUCACCCAGUUUUGCAAUGACGUGAAAGAAAUGCUAGGCUCUGCCCCAGGCUGGUACUGGCGAGUUUGCUGGGUAGCAAUUAGUCCCAUCUUCCUUUUGUUUGUCACUUGCAGCUUCCUGUCCAACCCUCCUGAGCUACGGCUUUUUGAUUAUAACUAUCCCUACUGGACCACAGUAGUGGGUUAUUGCAUAGGAACCUCUUCCGUCAUCUUCAUUCCGAUCUACAUGGUCUAUCGGUUGGUCAUCACACCAGGAACAUUUAAGGAGCGUAUUCUGAAAAGCAUUACUCCAGAAACAGCUACAGAAAUUCCUUUUGGAGACAUCCGCAUGAAUGCAGUAUAAGCUAACCUGGGGGGAGCACAAAAUGUGACUUUCCUCAUCCUCUCCCCCACCCCCCCAAAGAAUUCAGUUUCCAGAUAAGACAAGAAAUGGAGGAGUUUUCCACGGAGAUGGCAUCACUGACAACAAGCAUCUGGAAACACAGUGCCUCCAGCACAUAUAUCCAAGCAAUUCAAUGAAAUCUCCAGUGCACUUCUAACCAGCCUGCAUUGACAGAGAGCCAACGCAUACUGGGAACACACGGCUGUCUGUGUGCAUGAGAAUACCACUACUCCAUGCUCUGGGGCUGUCAGAAAGUGUGCAUGGCUGAGUAAGCCACUAAAGGACAAGUAUCAGCGGGUAGGAUUAGGUGUAGAAUCCCAAGUCUGUGGCAGUGCUCCUGUAUCUUUCUCAAUGUGAUCGUUUGUACUGGGCAAUGUCGUAUUCGCUUUUAAGGUUCUAAUUGCUUAAACUACAUUGAAAAAUACAAAGAUAUUUCUGAUAGCCAUAAAUGUAUGACUCAAGUAACACAGGGUUUUAUAAACUAGCCAAAAAAAGUAGCAUACCCAUAGGUUUGUAGUGCAGUAGAGAGGAAGAGGAAACCGAGGAUUCUGAGCAGCACCAUAUGCAGCUCUGCGUACAUCAGCACACACGGUUGGUGGCAUUAUCCUCCUUCUCAUUACCAGUGUCUGUUCUUCCUUGUGCAGUAAGCACUGCAAAAGCAUUCUUUGUAAUGUGGUAUGCUUCACUUUGCUUUAGACCCAAUCAAGCCACAAAAACUCACCAUGGGUUACUUCACCCAACACACCCAAAGAAACUACAGGCCAAGAGUGAGCAUUUUUGAGUUCCGAUGCCAAAAAGUGUAAUCUUAAAGAUCUGCCUCCCUGCUUUGCUUAGUUUUGUUUUGUUCUGCAUUUUUAGUUUGUUUUUAAUUUAUUUCACACCUCCAAUUUGCUGGAGCCUGUGGCUCUUUCUACUCCUUCCUCAUACAGAACUGAAGUUUAGAAUACUCCUGUUGGCUAGCUGACUAUAGUACAUUUAACAAGCUACACAAACCUACUUUGAAGAUUUAUUAGCUCAUAUUCUAAUGUGAUCACAUUUGGGUUUCAUCCUCAAGAAGAAAAGGAGGUGAAUUUUGUUUUAACAAGAAGCUGGGUAGAGUUCAGCGGGACUGAUUCUCAUCAGAACUAUUUCUAUUACAUUUUGAGGCAGUAAUACACGAAUUAACUUUCAGGCACAUACAAACCUCUCUAUAUCAGAUGCACGCACUCCAGAUGUAACUGUCCUUCAGGCUGACUGCAACUGCCAAGUCAGCUGGAGGACAGCACUUCUGCUGCAGGUACAUGAGAGUUUAGGUAAACCCAAGUAAGCAUCAUUUAUCUAAAAACCUGCAUUCUAUUUUCACUCUACCAUUGAGAUAUAACAAGUAAAAUAAAAUAGAGGAUAAAAGUCUCUUUUGUACCUCGUGGCCUACUUGGGUAAGAACUAAGGUUAUAUAUACAUUCAUAGCCACAGGUAUUAAGAGACUUGUUGAAGAGUUACAUCAGUACAAAGUACUCGCCACGUCAGAAGAAAGCAGUGAUGGAGUCUUCGUCUUCUGAAACAUUUUCAUUGCUUCCACCAAGGUUUGUCUCCUCAGGUGUGCAGACACCUCCUGGAGGAAGCUCUUACACUUCAGCUGCUGACUUGAGUUCACUUAACUUUAGGUCUGGAGCCCAACCUCCAAUGAGGGAAUAAAUAACUUCAAGGGACAAGGAUUGUUCUUUUGGAGCUAAAAACAAAAGGCACCUGAACUAUUUUUAAGAAGGGAGCAUGUUCUUUCACUGCCAACAGGAAAACAAUAGAUGUGUCUUACUGUACAGUUACAGGAAAUACUUUUGUAGCUUAUCCCUCAAGUAUAUCGGAAAGCCGUUUCCAAAUCUGACUCCAUUUUAAGGACAACAGGAACAGUUUGGGAAUUAUUUUAAUAUUAGAAUGCCAUUUAAUUAUUAAGUUACCAAUCAGGAAAAUUACUCUUGUAAUUUU